GAAUUGGGGAUGAAGUGAGUGCUCUUCUCGUCAAUAUUCAAUCUUUGUUAAAUACCGAGGCUGCAGUAGCAAAACCAAAGUUCAGCAGAGAGGACAGCCGACGGUCAAAAUACAGAUGGCAGAGCUGUGGCUUGUCAUGCUCCUGUGCUGGGCAUGCUGUCCUCAGUGCUUCCCGUCCCGUGUUGGCUUCCCUGGUACACCACAGCAGUGUGAAAAGGCCCACUUUGUCCCCGGUUAUAACCUUGGUGGAGAAGGUUUCGACAUCGUCACAAUGGAGAGGAAAGGUGCAUAUGUCAUCGACACUGAAACCUGGAAGCCUGUCAAUAGUACCUGCAAGCUGUACAGAAACGCCCACUUGAACGGAGAGAUCCAGAAGGUGCCAGUAGCCGUGGAGGACUGGAGAACCCUCCCGAAGUGCAGCACGAAGGUCUCCAGUACAGUGCAUAACUCAGCUGAAUCUUUGGUCAAUGAUUCCACAUCGUCAGUGUCUAAUGACUGGAAAAUCGGCCUUGACAUUCCUGUGGACCCUUCUGUCACUCUCGGGGUUGGUUUUGGCGGAUCCCAUUCCAGAGAAUCUUCCUUCGCCACUCAGAAGUCGAAACAAGACCACUACUCGUUUUUGAGCCAUUCUGUCCACUGCAGCUUCUACCGCUACAGAAUGAAAUCAAAUCCUCCCUUGAGUCCAGACUUUAAAUCAGCUGUGGAUUCCCUUCAGCCGUAUUCACCCCAAACUGAGCCAGCGUAUCGCAGAAUCAUCGACACAUAUGGCACACAUUACAUCACACAGGUGUCCCUAGGAGGAAAUAAAGCCACCACUGCUGUCAGGACAUGCCAGGCAACCAUGAGUGGACUGUCAAUGACUGAAGUCAGUGACUGUUUGUCAGUUGAGGCCUCUGCUAGCUUUGCGAGCAGUGCCAAGGUUGAGGCUAUGAUCAAACACUGUGAGGCAAAGAAGAAGAAGUUAGGCCGUAGCCAGAGUUUUAGCACCACGUUCAAUGAGCGCCAUACUGAGGUCACUGGAGGAAACAUGAAUGAGGCUGAUUUCCUCUUUGAAGAGCAAUCUCAACCCUCCGUCUAUAAGAGCUGGCUUAGCUCCCUGAAAACCACGCCUGAUGUUGUUCGAUACAACUUACAGCCUCUGCACACCCUACUGCCCACCAGUCACACUGCCAGGGUCGGCCUCAAGCGUGAGGUGGAGACGUACAUCAAGAAAAAUGCAGUGUUCAGGAAAUGCUCAGAAACCUGUCAGAUAGGGCACAGGUCAAACAGAAGGGAUCCUUGUGCUUGUGUUUGUAACAGUAAUCAGUAUAUCAAGUCAAACUGCUGCCCUGCAGGGAAAGGUCUAGCCACGCUGAAGGUGUUCAAGCUCAGUGCAAAUGGUCUGUACGGUGAUAGGGUGACAAAGACAGACGGCUCGGUCGAGGUGAAGUAUGGUGAUCAGAUUAAGCGUACAGUCAUCAUACAUAACAAUGAUAACCCUACGUGGCCGGAGAAGUUUGAAUUUGGGCCGAUCACCAUCAACAUGAAAAACAGGCUGAUGUUCUCUGUGUAUGAUAAGGAUAGUUACUGGAACAGCGAUCUGCUUGGCAAGUGUUCGUUUGAGCUGCAUAAAGGGAAGGUGAGCGAUUCUUGCAUGUUUAGACACGGUACAUUCUACUUCUCCUACAUAGUAGAGUGUGCAGGAAGUCUCAGUGGUAGCCAGUGUCAGGAGUACACACCCACCCCCAUGAGUUCUUCUCUUGCAAACGUCUUCUACUCCAGAAAUGGCGUCUUUGGUGAGGAGAUGGCGAAGACAAAAGUCAGUCAGGCUGAGGUUGCCGUUGAUGUGACACUGUGAUGAAAGAAGAGAUUUGAAUUCACAAUGACCUUGCAUUUCCUAUAAAGCAUUCUCCUUCUAUUAUUAAUAUUACUUUUUGUUUGGCUUCUGAUCUCAGAUAUUAUCACAGCUUGUGUUUGAGAGCAAUGGUGUUUGUAAUAAUCCACUUUUUACUGCUUCAGUCCUGUCAUUCUCCAAAUCUGCCAAUAAAGCAUCAACAAA